AGAAAAUUGUCUAAGGAGUUCCUAGAGCUUUCACGGAGUAUAAAGAGUUGCCGGAGUAAUCGUCGGAGUUCAACAAAGUUCGCCGGAGUUUCGCCGGAGUUCAACCGAGAAGGGUAGAACUUCAUAAAGCUCAUUCGAGGAAUGGAAGACAUUAUGGUGACACUUUUGUGUGACGGUAGAUGGACUUCAGAUAAUAAAUUCACAGCAAAGGCUUCACAUGGGAUGCUAGUGUCAAUGGAUGCAUCGUACAAUGACUUGUUGUGUGAGGUGCGUUCCGUUUUAGGGAUUUCAGAGACCGUGGAAGUAACCUGCAUAGCUUAUCAGAUUGACAAAGCAUUUCCUCCAACUAAAGUGGAUAGUGACCAUAGUUUGAGGUUUUAUUUGAAUAUAAAGUCUAGAGAUAAAGCUGAUUUCAGUGCGUAUCCCUUAUGUGUGCAAACGAGGAAGGAAAGAAGUGAUGUGGAGAUGGUUUUGGAUUCCCAUUUGCAAGAAAAAAACAGGGCACUGGUUAGUGACUUUGAUUUGAAUGCUCAAGGUAAAGAGGUAUACGCUUCAAUGGAAUUACAAUGUGCAGAAGGAAGAGGUAUGAAUGAUGGGAUAUACGAAGAUACAAAUGAAGGCAAUAGGUCAUUGCUUUCAUGGGUUGCAGACGGUGUUGAAUCAAAUGUAGAUGGAAUGGACAGUACGUUAAGAUUGAACGGGAUUUAUCCAACAAAGGAACAUUUGAAGGAAACUUUGCAGUUGUAUGCAAUUUUCAACAAGUUUCAGUUUGAAACGAGGACAUCAACUCCAGGAGUAUUGCAUGUUGUAUGCAAUGGUGAGACAUGUAAGUGGGCUGUACGAGGCGUUCGAAUAUCAGGUAGUCAAUGUUUUGAAGUGCGAAGGUUUGAUUCAGUGCAUAGCUGCUCAAUUGACUGUCGAAUGAGUGGUAACAGGCAAGCGAGUGCGACAAUUAUAGGGAAAUUGAUUAAGCACCAGUACAUGGAUGCUUCCGGGAAGCCAUAUCCUCCUAAAUCAAUUAUUUCAGACUUGAAUCGAGCGUUUGGCUUGAAUUUGAGCUAUAAGAAAGCAUGGAGGGGCAAAGAGAGAGCACUGCUAUCACUAACAGGUACGGAUAGCGAGUCAUAUAAGAAGUUGCCGAUGCUUUGUUAUCUUAUGGACAAGACAAAUCCAAGAUCACUGAUUUGUUUAGACACAGACGAAAAUGGCCACUUUAAAAGAAUGUUCAUGUCACUGGGAGCGUCUCGAGAGGGUUGGGCAGCGUGUAGACCUGUAAUUAGUGUGGAUGGAGCACAUCUCAAAGCUAAAUUCCGUGGGACUGUACUGUCUGCAUGUGCAAUGGAUGCUAAUAGGCAAAUAUUCCCACUGGCGUUUGGAUUUUGCGAUAGUGAAAAUAAGGAAACAUGGUCGUGGUUUUUUACUAAAUUAAGGGAGGCAAUUGGCGAAAGAGAGGAUAUGUGCAUUGUGUCCGAUAGAAAUGAAGGACUCAUAAAAGGUGUUAAAGAAAUAUAUGCAGGAGUAGAUCAUGGGCAUUGUGUUCAACAUAUACUUGGAAAUAUUAUUUCCAAGUUUGGUGGGGGAAAAGACCGGGUGACUCGGUUCUUUAAUGCAGCGGCAAGAGCUGCAACAGAACGGAAGAUGGAGUAUUUUUUGAGAUUACUUGAUGCUGAAGAUCACAGGAUACGUAAUUACCUGGCAGAAAUUGGACUUGAAAAGUGGGCUCGUUGCAAGAUUAAAAGACGGAGGUACUCCAUAGUGACGUCAAACAAUGCAGAGACAUUAAAUUCUGUGGAUGGAAUUGCAAGAGAGUACCCAAUAGCAAUGCUGGUUGAAUUCCUUAGAACCAAGAUGCAAGUUUGGUUCCAUGAUAGAAGUAAAGCAGCGCGAGAACACAAAGGAAAGUUGUCAGCAGCGGCAGAGGAAGUGCUUGGGAAUUUGUUAAGUGACUCGGCGGGAAUGAUAGUUAGGCCAAGCACAGCGUUUUCAUUUGAGGUUAUUGACAAAAACUGCCGAGCAUAUGAGGUAAAUCUUGAGACGCGGAGUUGUAGUUGCAAGGAGUUUGAAUUGGAAGACUUUGUGUGUGUGCAU